GACCACGUGGUCCGCGCGGUCAGCUGACUUCGCCGGGGAAGGAAGAGGAGAGAAGAUGGAAUGGAACCGCGACGAAGCAGAGAAAUGCAUAAAUAUAGCAACGAGAGCGGUGGAGGCGGGAGAUAAGGAGCGAGCGCUGAGGUUCCUCAACAAAGCGGAGAAGCUGUACCCGACGGACCGAGCCAGAGCGUUGUUGGAUGCGUUAACAAAGAAUGGGAGCUCUGCGAGUAAUGGUGCGUAUCGCAGAAGACCAGCAGACAGCUCAGAAAGCAGCGGUGCCCAGACAGAGAGGGAAGGCCAAGAGUCUGGAGGAGGCGACUCGUCCAAAGGCUUUACUCAAGAACAAGUUGAAGGUGUGAAAAGCAUAAAGCGGUGUAAGGACUACUAUGAAGUGCUGGGUGUCACUAAAGAAGCCAAUGAGGAUGAACUCAAAAAAGCCUACAGGAAACUAGCACUUAAGUUCCAUCCAGACAAAAAUCAUGCACCCGGAGCAACAGAGGCUUUUAAAAAGAUCGGUAAUGCAUACGCUGUGCUGAGCAACCCAGACAAAAGACGGCAGUAUGACCUGACAGGAGGGGAAGAGCCAAGCAGUCCGACUCACUCACACAGAGGAGGCUUCGACUUCCACCGGGGCUUUGAGGCUGACAUUACACCCGAGGACCUCUUCAACAUGUUCUUUGGAGGCGGUUUCCCCUCCUCGAGUGCACACACCUUCACCAACGGCAGAACGAGCUACAGCCGUCAAACAGAUUACCAACAAGAGAGAACAGAAGAACGGGGAGAUGGUGGUUUUUCAAUGUUUAUCCAGCUAAUGCCCAUCGUGGUCCUGAUUUUAGUGUCGAUACUGAGCCAGAUGAUGGUGUCUCCUCCACCUUACAGCCUCUACUCUAGAUUAUCCACUGGGCAAACCAUAAAACGUCAGACAGAAAACCUGCACGUUGACUACUACGUUACUAAAGAAUUUAGGUCUGAGUACAAAGGGUCAGCGCUGCAGCAAAUUGAAAAGAAUGUGGAGGAGGACUAUGUAUCUAAUGUUAGAAAUAACUGUUGGAAAGAGAGACAGACAAAAACAGAUCUGUUGUAUGCUGCUAAGGUAUACAGGGAUGACCGAAUGCGAAGAAAGGCAGAGCUCAUGUCCAUGGAUAACUGCAAGGAGCUAGACAGACUAAAUAACCUAUUCAGAGGCGGAUAAUUUGGAUCCUUUUAGAUUAUGUAAAUGUUUAUGAUUAGUUGUGUAUGUUCAUGUUUUUUUUAAAGAAGAGUACACUAGGAUCAACUAAAACAAAUUAGCUCUAUUGUUAAAGUUUUAAGAUGUCCCUAUUCUGAUGUCCCCCUGCCAAAUUGUCACAUUUCUCAAUCCAGCCUGACUCCAGGAAUCACCUUGUUGCAACUUAAGGAACUAUCUCCACACACUAGAAAAUUCUAGGUCGCCUCUGUUACUCAGCUUUUCUUGUGUUUUCACGAACAUAGGGUCAUUUGAUUGUAAAAGCAUGUUCUUUGUGUAGCGAGAACCAGAGAGGCAUUGUGCACAAGCCAAAAACAAGCUUUCUGCAUCUGCUUGACAUAAAUACAACAUGGACCUUAUAGUUUCAUCUGGGGCUUUUUUACUAAAUAAAUUUCAUGAAGAACAAAUAAGGUAAUCUUAGUAUUUAUUUUAGAUUAAUUUUUUUUAGCAUCAGGCGUGAUUUGAAGAUCUGUUGAUUAUGAGUUAAGUUAAAUAUAAUUUUGCCACUAGAGAACGUUUUUAUCUAUUUCAAAAUGUGAAGCUGGUUGGGACUUAAAAUGAAAGGAUGUUCGGAUUCAUGUGUUGUUGUAUAUUUUCAUUUUUGAAUGUAUGGAUUUAUUUAACUGACUAUAGAAAGUUGUUUUUUUCAAUGCUCGCCUAAUCAAAUAAAUAAAGUGAAAUUCUUAACAUA